AAUAAUAAUAGUAUAGUAAUAUACACCUUCUCUCUCAUUUUGGGCCGUUUGAUUUCUUCCAAUAUUGAAUUUCUCGCCCACAAAAUAAAAAAAAAAUAAAAAUAAUGCAGAGUCACACGCACCGAUUUCUGUGAACAAGAUUUCUUCUUAUUCUCCGGUUCGCAAUUGUAUUAUCUUAUUUCUUUCUUAUUGUCGUUAUGCUGAGUCAUGAAUCGUUUACGUAUUUAAUUUCUCAUGGUGCCACAUGUUCACUACAUCAACAUGCAUGGCAAAAGAAAUGAAGUUUGGUGAAACCUCGGAAUAAAAAAAAAAUUAAAAAAAAAUGUCAUCUUCAUCUUGGAUAACCACACUUUCCUGCUCCGCCUCGGCGGCGGAGUCAUCCGGCGGUUCAGUUUCCACCGCCGCUAUUCAAUGGCUGAGAUUCAUCCUCCUCUCUCCUUGCCCACAAAGAGCCCUUUUAACCUCCGUAAACAUUCUUUUCUUGGCUACUAUGUUCGCAUUCGCCAUCAAAAAGCUGUUUUCAAGAUUCACUAAUUCGAACAGGCGGCACUCAGUUUCUGAAAUCAACACUCCCCUGAUUUCUAACACGAGGGUUCUUGUCAGAACAAAUCUAUGGUUUAAGGUUACUCUCAUCGUCACUGUAAUUUUAUCUGUAUUUUCCACUGUGCUAUGCAUACUCGCCUUUGUUAAAACUGAUUCAGAAUCCCCAUGGAAGACUGUAGAUGGGGUUUACUGGUUGUUUCAAGCUAUUACUCAUACUGUUAUAGCUGUUCUUAUUGUUCACGAGAAGAGAUUUAAGGCUUUAUUACAUCCUUUGACUCUCCGAAUAUUCUGGACUGUCGAUUUUGUGGUGUUGGCUCUGUUCUUCGGUACCGGGCUUGCACGUUUAAUCUCGUUUCAAGAAACCGGUUCACACUUGAGAUUGGAUGAUGUUGUUUCGGUUGUUGUUGCGUUCCCUCUGUCGGUUUUUCUUCUCGUUGCCGCAGUUAAAGGCUCCACCGGUGUUCGAGUAUCAGGAGACUUCGAUUCCGACACGAAAUACGAACAACCCCAUUCGGAUAAAUCGAACGUGACGGGAUAUGCUUCGGCCUCGAUUGUAUCGGUAGCCUUUUGGAAUUGGAUGAACCCCCUCUUGAGAAAAGGCCACACUUCACCCCUGAAGAUCGAGGACGUGCCUUCGCUAUCACCGGAGCACAAAGCUGAACGAAUGUCGGAGCUUUUCAGAAAGAAUUGGCCGAAACCCGAGGAGAAAUCGAAGCACCCCGUAGCGAGGACACUGGUCAUAUGUUUCUGGCGUCAGCUCCUCUUCACCGCGUCGCUUGCGGUGGCGAGGCUGUGCGUCAUGUACGUGGGCCCCACAUUGAUCCAGCGGUUCGUGAGCUUCACAGCGGGCGAUCGGAGCUCCCCCUACGAGGGCUACUACCUCGUCAUGAUUCUCUUAGUGGCGAAAUUCAUCGAGGUUUUGAGCUCGCACCAGUUCAACUUCCAGACGCAAAAACUAGGAAUGCUCAUUCGUUCGUCGCUCGUUACUUCUUUAUACAAAAAGGGAUUGAGGCUAUCGGGAUCGGCCAGGCAAGACCACGGCGUAGGCCAGAUCGUAAAUUACAUGGCGGUGGACGCUCAGCAGUUAUCGGAUAUGAUGCUGCAGCUCCACUUCUUAUGGCUAAUGCCACUACAGAUUGUAGUGGGGUUAGUAAUUCUGUACCAGUUCUUAGGAACCGCAACAAUCGCGUCGUUUUUCGGGCUCGUCUUGAUAGUUUUGUUCGUCUUGAUCCGUACGAAGAAGAACAACUCGUACCAGUUCCAGAUCAUGAAGAAUCGCGACUCGAGGAUGAAGGCCACGAACGAAAUGCUCAGCUACAUGAGGGUGAUUAAAUUCCAGGCUUGGGAGGAGCACUUCAAUGCCAGGAUUCAGUCCUUUCGAGAAACGGAGUACAAGUGGCUGUCGAAGUUUAUGUACUCCGUGGCGGCGAACAUCGUGGUGCUGUGGAGCACGCCGCCAUUUAUCGCGACGAUCACUUUCGGCAGCGCGUUGCUGCUCGGGUUCCCGUUGACCGUGGGUACGGUUUUCACGACGACUUCGCUGUUGAAGAUCCUGCAGGAGCCGAUCAGGACGUUCCCGCAGUCCAUGAUAUCGCUGUCGCAGGCGAUAAUUUCUCUCGAGAGGUUGGAUAAGUUUAUGACGAGUAAAGAGUUGGUGGAUAAAUCGGUGGAGAGGGUUGAGGGGUGUGAGGGGGGGAUUGCCGUGGAGGUGAAAAACGGGAGCUUUAGCUGGGAUGAUGAGAGCGGUGAAGCGGCUGUCAAGAAUUUGAAUUUCGAGAUUAAGAAAGGCGAACUUGCUGCGGUUGUUGGUACUGUGGGUUCCGGAAAGUCUUCUCUAUUGGCUGCAAUUCUUGGUGAAAUGAACAAAUUAUCCGGAAAGAUGAGAGUGUGUGGUAGCACUGCGUACGUUGCACAGACAUCGUGGAUACAGAACGGGACUAUACAAGAGAAUAUACUGUUUGGUAUGCCGAUGAACAAGGUUAAAUACGAGGAUGCUGUUAAGGUUUGCUGCUUGGAGAAAGACUUGGAAAUGAUGGAAUUCGGAGAUCAAACUGAAAUCGGGGAGCGUGGGAUUAAUAUGAGCGGUGGCCAAAAACAGCGCAUUCAGCUCGCAAGAGCCGUUUAUCAGGAUUGCGAUAUUUACCUCCUCGAUGAUGUUUUUAGUGCCGUCGAUGCUCACACUGGAUCCGAAAUAUUUAAGGAAUGUGUUAGAGGAGCUCUUAGAGACAAGACCAUCGUACUCGUUACUCAUCAAGUCGAUUUCUUGCAUAACGUUGAUCAGAUCCUAGUCAUGAGGGAAGGCAGCAUUGUUCAAUCGGGCAAGUACGACACCUUACUAGAUUCCGGUCUUGAUUUCAAAGCUUUAGUAUCCGCACACGAAGCGUCGAUGGAGCUUGUCGACGUGGAGACGACAACGGAGGAUAAAACUCUAGUAAAACAAGGCUCUUUCAAACAAGGCGGCGAAGAAAACGGCGAAAGUAAUUAUUCUAAAGAAAGGUCCGAACCCAAUAAUAGUAAGGGAGACUCGAAGCUCGUUAAGGAAGAGGAGAGAGAAAAGGGGAAAGUGAGCUUUGCAGUUUACAAGAUGUAUUGCACCGAGUCUUUUGGAUGGACUGGAGUUGCGGCUUUCUUGUUCUUUUCUAUUAUAUGGCAAGGGACUCUUAUGUCGGCCGAUUAUUGGCUGGCUUACGAAACUUCCGAGAAACGUGCGAGCUCGUUCAGACCGUCCAGAUUCAUCGGAGUGUACGGUGUGCUGGCGGGAGUUGCACUUGUGCUCGUUCUCGUGAGAAGUGUUUUGGCGGCGGUUAUGGGAUUGAAGACUUCUCAAAUUUUCUUCAAGCAAAUUCUUCGGAGCAUUCUUCAUGCUCCUAUGUCGUUCUUCGACACUACUCCUUCCGGAAGAAUUCUAACUAGGGCCUCGAGUGACCAGACGAACGUCGAUAUUUUGAUUCCAUUCUUUACGAGUAUGACCGUUGCAAUGUUCAUUACUUUGUUGAGCAUCCUCAUCAUCACUUGUCAAUAUGCUUGGCCAACCGUGAUCCUCGUUAUUCCACUCGGUUGGCUUAAUUUCUGGUGCAGGGGGUAUUUUCUAUCUACAUCACGUGAAUUGACUCGACUAGAUUCAAUCACAAAGGCACCCGUUAUACAUCAUUUCUCCGAGAGCAUAACAGGUGUCAUGACCAUCAGAUGCUUCCGGAAGCAGGAGAGUUUUUGCCAGGAGAACGUGAACCGCGUGAACGCAAAUCUACGCAUGGAUUUCCACAACAACGGAGCCAACGAAUGGCUCGGAUUUCGCCUCGAACUAAUUGGAAGCUUCAUUCUCUGCGUCUCCGCCAUGUUUAUGAUCGUUCUCCCCAGCAGUAUCAUCAAACCAGAGAAUGUGGGGCUAGUACUCUCGUACGGGCUCUCGCUUAACGCCGUGCUGUACUUUGCCGUAUACAUAAGCUGCUUUUUGGAAAAUAAAAUGGUUUCCGUCGAGAGGAUUAAACAGUUCACAGUCAUACCAUCCGAAGCCGAAUGGAGGAAAAACGACUUUCUCCCUCCGCUUAACUGGCCCACUCACGGAAACGUCGAGCUCAAAAACUUGCAAGUUAGAUACCGCCCAGAUACGCCGCUAGUUCUAAAAGGAAUAACACUCAGUAUAAAGGGGGGCGAUAAGAUUGGUGUCGUCGGGCGAACAGGUGGCGGAAAGUCAACUCUGAUCCAAGUUCUAUUCAGACUGGUGGAGCCGUCGGGUGGGAAAAUAAUUAUCGAUAGCAUUGAUAUUUCGGCAUUAGGUUUACACGAUCUCAGGUCUCGAUUUGGAAUCAUUCCUCAAGAGCCCGUUCUUUUCGAAGGAACUGUGAGAAGCAACAUUGACCCCACUGGACUCUAUUCAGAUGAUCAAAUAUGGAAGAGUUUGGAACGAUGCCAGCUUAAAGAUGUCGUGACUGCAAAACCAGGAAAGCUCGAUUCUGCUGUUGUGGAUAACGGGGAUAACUGGAGCGUGGGGCAGAGGCAGCUUCUAUGCUUGGGAAGAGUGAUGCUGAAGAAAAGCAGACUUUUAUUUAUGGACGAAGCAACUGCAUCCGUCGAUUCACACACCGACGGUGUGAUCCAAAAGAUUAUAAGGGAGGACUUUGCUGCAUGCACUAUUAUAAGCAUUGCCCACAGAAUACCUACUGUUAUGGACUGCGAUAAAGUCCUAGUCAUCGAUGCAGGAAAGGCGAAAGAAUUCGACAAACCAUUACACUUGCUCGAGAGGCCCUCGUUGUUUGGAGCGUUGGUCCAGGAGUAUGCUAACCGAUCAUCCGAACUUUGACCGGUUGUUCAUCGUAUUGUUGUGAUAAAUACAGCAAGUAUUUUGUACGCUGAGAUAGUUUAGAUUUAGUAUCAUUAAUGAAUAUUCUUAAUUCUGUAUCAACAUAUUCUGCUAUAUAUAUUAAGGCAGUUGAUAUAUUGUAAUGGCUCUAGGGGAACUUCAAAAUAAAGGGUCUUUCUUUUUGUUA